CUUUGAUUUAUUUCAAGGGAUAUUACAAUAGUAAUUUCUUUAGAUCAAUUAAUAAGUCAUAAAAUAGUAAUUAAAGUAUCUUAUUAGAACGACAAUGCAAUUUAUCAGAAUUAAAUACCAUAAAAUACUGCAUAAACAUUAAAAGAGUGGGGAAACAACCUAUUUUUCGGAUCAUAUAAAAAUUGGUUCCUCGAAAUUGAACAGCACUCACCAGCAGUUCUUUGUUCUAACUAGCAAAGCUUGUGUGUUAAUCAACAAUCUCCAAAACCUUUUUGGAAUCUAUCAACUUUUUUGGAAUUAUACCAAGAUAAACCAAUCUAUCCAAAAUGUCUAAAGCAUUGAGAUCAGCCAUCAACAGCACCUUCGGUAAUACCAUCAACACCCGAUCAAGUGGCAAAAGCAAAAAUUCAAAAUCAAUCAAGGACGAGAGCAAAUCCACUCGCGAUUUCCUUGAGAAGGAGAUCUACAACAGCCAACAUAAAGAUGAGAUCAAAGAAAUGAACCAACUCAUUUCAUACGGCGAAAGUGAUGGACAAUCAAUUGGCACUUCUGAGGAGGAAGUUGAAAAUGAGUACGGUCAGCAACAAUCAGGACAAGAAAUCACCACGGUGGGAGAGCCAUGCUAUGUUAGUCAAGAGAGUGGACAAGCAUGUCUUGCUGUACAAGAAGAAGAUGCGUUGUCAGGAGAUGAGAUCUAUCAACAACAUAGUGGACAACAAGAGGAAAGCCCUGUACAACAAUCAACUGAAGCAUGUUAUGGUAGCCAGGUAGUUCAAUCCAUCAACCCAACUGAAGACAGCCAACAAUCCACCGUUGCUGCCCCUGAAGAAGCUGCAGCUGGAGUUAUCUGCACUGAAUCUGUUCAAGAAGUUGAAGAGAUCAAGAUUGUUGAAGAAACUAAAAUCACCAAAAAAACCUCCAUUGUUUCUCAAGAAACACAGAAAGUUUCUCAAUCUGUUGAUCAAACUGAUGAAGCUUGUGAGAUGGAGAAAGAUUCUGAAAUCGUUAAAGAAGUUGAACCUGUUGUAAAGACCGCUGAUGUUUCCGAACAAUCUCAAUCCAUCCCUGAACCUGUUGUUGCCGUGUGUUACGGUGCUGAACCAGUAGUAACCCCAGUUGAAGAUAUCAAAAAAUCCUCUGUUUCUACUAAAUCUCAAAAAACUGAAGAUGCUGAUGAUGCUGCGAUCAAAGAAAUUGAUGCUGCUGAAUGGUGUGGAGUUAAAGAAGUAUCCGAAAUUACCAAAAAAGAAGUAACUCAAUCUUUGACCACCAAAACAACUGAGAUCCAUCAAGAUUCCAGCAAGAAAGUUCCUGUUGCUGAAAAAUGCAGUGAAAAUAUUGAAACUGAAACCAAACCCGAAUUGAAAGUUGAGAUGUCUCUUGAAGCAAAAUCCAAAUUCUCAGCUACAAUUGAAGAAGACUCUGAAGUUUUGAUCACAGCCAAAUUCGUCAACCCAUUGUCAACUCCAUUAACUGAUGGAAAAUUCUGGAUUGAGGCUGACAACUUGGGCAAACCAUACUGCUUCGAAAUCCCACAUAUCGAUGCUGGCGAAACAGUUAUCUGCCGUGCUUUGAUCUUCCCAACAUCUGCUGGUUAUGAAUUCAUCGUCGCUAGAUUUAUCUCACGUGAAAUCAAGAGAAUCAUUGGAUUCACCAACAUUCGUGUGAGCCGUGCUGCCCUAUCUGAAUCAACCAAUGAAAAAAUUGUUGUGCCUAAAAUUGUCAACCAAGAAAUUAACGCAACUAAAAAAAUGUAAUUGUUGAUACCUUCAACGAACUGAUUUCAUCAUAACACAUUUUAUUCAAAAUAUUUAUUUAUUUCUACUAUAAU